AAGCACGUUAGCUUUGCGCUUGAUUAAUUUUCGGUAUUCGUUUAGCCAUUCUACUUUGAAAUUUUACUGUACGAACUGGUGAUUGAUGAAGGUUGAAAUGUGGAAAGACUGCUCAUUUUGCUAAAUGUUUUAGUGAUAUUCUGUCUGUGACAUAACAACUGCGUCAAAAUGAACGUGAAUAGCGAAGAUGUCCAUAGAAAUAUCGAAAUUAAGGCUAAAAUUCGCGAUUAUGAUAAAAUUAUGGCCGGUGUCCAAGCUAUGUGCUCGUCUCAUGGAGAAGUAAUGAAACAAGAAGAUGUAUUUUUCAACGUACCUAAUGGCAGAUUGAAAUUGAGGAAACGUUCGGAUUACUCUGUAUACGAAUUGAUUUAUUAUGAAAGACCGGACACUGAAGGUCCCAAAUUAUCGUUAUAUUCCAAGUGUAAUAUUCCUCACGGUGAAGAUUUAUUGAAUGUUUUGGCGAUGUCUUUGGGAGUAAAGGGUAUUGUGAAGAAGACCAGACAUUUAUUCCUUAUUGAACAUACUAGAAUUCAUGUUGAUGAUGUCGAAGGUCUGGGAAAGUACUUUGAAAUAGAGGUUUGCUUGACUAAAGAUCAGACCCCAGAAGAUGGAGAGAAAAUCGCUGAGAUUAUAAUGGAGAAAUUAGGAAUCCAUCAUUCGGAUUUGGUGACCGGUGCAUAUUUGGAUCACUUGCCUAAAUCAUCUCAACCUACUGAAGUUUAAAUUAUCGUCGUUGUUCAUUAUGUAGACACGAUGCAUAGAUCUGCGUGUAAGACAUCACCGCUUAUACAUAUAAUUAUCUUUAAAUAUUUAGCGAUUUUUACGAAUCCCUUAUCAUUACGCCUACGUGAUAUACCUACUUAAUAUUUUUCUACUCCAAUUCGUCAUUAUUAUUGCUUUAAAAUAAUCAUUUCGAAGUAUCGAUUUAAAGUCAAUUAUCUGGCAGAAUUUUGUCAAUUUUAAUGGAAGAAUUCGAAUUUCAAGAAAAAAAAACCUCAAUGCGAAACAGUUCCUGAAAAUAUUACCAUUACCUAGCUACAUUUUUACAUUUUUAAAUUUCGCUUUCAUGCACACUUGUCAUUUUUAUUGCACCAUUUUAUCAUUCAUUCGUUGUUAUUACGUUGUUACCCAGAAUUCCCAUUUAUAUCUUUCAUUUAAAAAUUACCUACGUACCUGUUACGAUAUUACGUAUACUGCUUUUCUCGAUUGUCUUCCUAUUGUGAAGUAUUCCUCAAGAUCUAUUACGAUAGAACUUGAGAGUUUCUGUGAUCUUCCUUGAAUGUUUUUUUCGUCACUAAGCGUUGUUUUGCCAUAAUUUUCUACUCAUUAUUUACCUACUCUUUACCUAUUUUUCGAAGAUUGAGCACAAAUUUUUAUGUACUUAUUUCUUUUGUGAGGCAUUUAUGAUUGUUUUUAUGUUUAUUGAGAAAUCUUGAGCUUAAUUCUUGUGUUAUAUUUUUUAAAAAUAAGUUUAAAAUAUAUACGAAUAUUGUUUGAAACGUCAAA